UGGGCCGCCUCGGCGGGGCAGUGCGGAGCGGCGGCGCCGGGGAUGCGGAGCGGCCGGGUCCCGGGCAGAUGAUGGCGAUACGCGAGCUGAAAGUGUGUCUGCUUGGAGAUACUGGGGUUGGGAAAUCGAGCAUCGUUUGUCGGUUUGUCCAGGACCACUUUGAUCAUAAUAUUAGUCCUACUAUUGGAGCAUCCUUCAUGACUAAAACUGUGCCAUGUGGGAACGAGCUUCAUAAAUUUCUGAUCUGGGACACAGCUGGUCAGGAACGGUUUCAUUCCUUGGCUCCGAUGUACUACCGAGGUUCAGCAGCAGCCGUGAUAGUGUAUGAUAUCACCAAACAGGAUUCAUUUCAUACUUUGAAAAAAUGGGUGAAAGAACUAAAAGAACAUGGUCCUGAAAACAUUGUAAUGGCCAUUGCUGGAAACAAAUGUGAUCUUUCUGAUAUCAGGGAGGUUCCUAUGAAGGAUGCCAAAGAAUAUGCAGAAUCUAUAGGUGCAAUUGUUGUUGAAACCAGUGCAAAGAAUGCUGUUAACAUUGAAGAACUUUUUCAAGGAAUAAGUCAGCAAAUUCCACCCUUAGAUCCUCAUGAAAACAGUAACAAUGGAGCAAUCAAACUUGGAAGGCAGGCUUCACAGACGGGUAGGCGGUGCUGCUGACCCAACUUGAUCUUUUCAGAUUUACUUGAAAAACAGCACCAUUUGCUUUUUUUUUCACUGAGAAAGGACUUCGUGAUCUCAGUGACGUGGCUCCUUAUCUUGAAAGCAGUAAUUUCAAUACUUCCCAUGAGCAAUAACGCAAGGACCAGAAGCAGAAGGCUUUACUUCAAAGGGAUUUUGCAAAACCCACUUGGAAAAUCCUCUCUAAUAUCCUGUCAAAAUUACAAUGUCAGAGUACUCCAAUUCUCUGUUUAAA